GCGGCCAUUUUGCGCCCUUUGCGGUGGGGCAGCGGCGGAGCUGAGGGGGCUCUGCGUGUUCUGCCAGCUGUCCAGGACGGAGCUGCAGGAGAGGCCGCAAAGGAUGCUGAGCUGCGAUCUGGCAAAUUGAAACAUGACUGAUCAAGAUGAGCCUCAGCCUUCUGGCUCUGAUUACCAUGGUGCCCAAGAUCUGAUACAUGGUCAUCAGGAGCCAUUUAAGGAGUAUACAUGGCAGACAAAUACAAGAAAGGAGUGUUCACAGUCAAGGCAUAAGAAUGCUGCUCCUGGGGAGUCUUCAAAUCAUCUUAACAGUAUAUGUGAAUCAUCAACUGCUUCAGCUGAGGUUUUACUUAUCAGCAGCGAUUCAGAAAUUGAUGUCUCUGUUGCUCCUGGCAGUGAGUGCCGUCCUGGGUGCUCCAUUGCACCGUCAAAGCAAAAAAGGAGAUGUCAAUCUUCAAGGCAACAAGCUGAAUCUGUUGCAGAAGUGCCUGACAAUGAAAGCUCGUCAGAUUCUUCUCUGUCUCCCCAAAGUCCAAUGAAAUCAUCGGAAGUUUCCAAGCAGCAGAAGUCAAAACUCAAUUUGAAAGCCAUUUUUGCCUAUCACUUCAGGGGAAAGAAGUUUAAAGCCGCCGCACACCGAAAAUACAAAGCUGACUCAGGGAAGAAAAGGAAGAAAAAGAAAAAAUGUGAGGGCACAAGGAUGCCCACAGGGAGGCCACCACUGACAGCCUCACCUCAGGAGCAAAAGAGGAGGCUGCUGGACAGAGGUUUUCAGUUCCCUUUUGUCGAAAAACAUUAUGGGGAGAAACAUAUUCCCUUAAAGAUGGUUCUUGGCUAUGAGCAAGCAGCUGCAAAGGGAUAUUUCAAGUACAUUGAAGUGCUUAAAUAUGAAGAACAUCUUAAAAAAGCUUUAAAAGCCCUUCAGGCUGAUGAAGACUUAGAAAAAGAAUGUGUGGUGUUACGGAAACACAAAUACCUAGAUGAUGAAGGCCCCAUUUCUCCUAUUCAGGAGACAAAUGAUGAUGAGGACAGCUUGAAUUCUGAUAAUAAAGAGCAAUAUGAUGCCAGAAUAGUGGAGAACAGCUCUUUCAUUAUAAGCAGUACAAUUCCCAGUAAGAAAAAAUCAAAGCCAGAAACAAAACGUGCAAAAUCAACUGAAGUGAUUGAAAUAGAGGAUGACGAAGACAGUGCUGAGGAGAACUCCUUGCCUGUGCAAGGUUCACCUCUGUGAACAGCAGAUGGGACAAAUGAGGUGUCAGUGGUCAUUUUUCAUGGCCUGCUUCGUUUAAAGCAUUGGUCUGAAGUCAAUGUUGAGCUAUCCACCGAGCUACCCAGUCACAUCUGGUGUAAUUUUAUAUUGCUUUUGGAGGAUGAAAUACCACUCAGUUUUCUUGCUGCACGAGGGCAACUUUGUCUGGUUUGGACAAUACUACCUGGGAUUUUCUCUGCUGAAGAUGUUGAGGAACUACUGUACACUUAGUCUCAUCGUGGUGCCUCACGCACACUUUCUGUACCAGGGCGUAUCAUACAGUUGCAGCUUCUGAUGGCUUCCCUGUGGUAAAAUUCCAUCUUAAAUCAUGUCCCAUGCAAGAUCAGUAGGGACAGCAGAGAGGAGCUGGUAGUCUUGCAUGUACAUAGCUGUGAAAGCUUCUUACUGUAGGAUGUUAUCAAGUUUGUGUGGCUUCAGGACAGUGUAGGAAAUAGCAUGGAAGAAAGCACCAUGUAAGGUUACUGCAUAGGAAAACACCUGAAACAUGGGAAGCGCUGAGCUAAAGGUGAUCAAGUAAUGAAACCUUACAAGAACAUUCUUUAGUAAGAGGAUAAAGAGGAUAGGAACAGGACGUCUUACUUGGCCAGUGAUGUAGUUAGGAGUACUGCGCUGUUUAACACAGCAUAGAUUGUUCUUAGGAUGGCAUGUCUGAUGCUGAACUCCUUGCCACAGUUACUUUUUGGUUUAACCUACCUGUCUGUAGAAUGAGAAAACACAAUAGUAGUGGAAGGUGACAGUUUUUAACAGUAACUACAGUGAACUGGGAAAUAGCUUCAAAUGCUGUUUCAAAGAUAGUAAAAGAUGAACGCAUUCAGUCUGUUCUAGCACUUGAUCAGGUUUUGUCUGUUUCUGUAGACAAAAACCUGGAACCUAGUGCUUAGAAAAAAUCCUUCUUUUGCAACCCACAGCUGAUGAACAUAUUAGUUGUGUUACUUAUAUGAAGGGACAAUAUUUGCAUGAACUCCACUGAUCAAUCUCAGGCAUGAGUUUAAUGUACCAGAUUUGUAGAAGUGUAGGUAGCUCAGUUGUAUGUCUUUCUUUGCAGGUGAGAACACUAAUGCUGCAGCAGUGGGCAGAUUUAAUUUUUUGGGGAGCAUUUGAUUUAUUAUGGCUGUUUGCUGGCCCACUGAUUCACAAAUCUGACAGUUCAGUGAAUUUCUGUUCAACAUGGGAGUGAAGGAGGGGCAUUCUUGUGAUGUCUGGAAUGCAGUAGAAGGCCUCUACUUAAGUGUAAGUAUUAAGGAAAUAGUUGGCUUUUUCCUUGGUGGAGGUAGUUGGACGAGGAUCAUAAAAGCUCAAGUCUUAGGUUUUUGGCUGCCUUUUUCUGAAGAAAAAAAAGAGGCAUUUUAUUUUGAGACAUAAAUCCAAGUAGCAGGUGACCAGGUUUCUUUCAAAGUUAACUGGCUAGGCUUAAGAAACAGUCUAUUCCACAGCCAUUGCGGAGUUGCUAUGCCUCGUUCUUCAGCAAAUAGGCACAACCUGCUGUGUGUCUGAAUUGAAAAACGUGGCUAGAAGAGUGACAGGUUAUGCUUUCCUCACUGUAAAGUUAAUUGCAGUGGUGACAAUGAGACCUGUAACAGUUUACUUUGUGGGACAGUUCUGCAAACAUAGUUAAUGCAGCUACUGUAAAACGUAACAAUUCGCUUGUUCCGAUGUGCUUGAAUUCUGUGUCCUACCUACUAAAGGAAGUAGAAUUAGCAGGUAGAGGAAAAGUACUUGCAGUGAAGAAUUCUUGUACGUGGUUUAUUAGAACGUAUUUUUAAGAUGUCUUAAAAUGGUGUUCGUGUUUUCUUUGUGAGGUAACUCCCUUAGUUGUACCUUCUGUGCCACAGUGCUCCAGUUUCUUAAAUUGCAGAUAGACCUUGUUGGCAGUUGUGUGGUAUACUGGACCAUGGCUUUGAUUUCAACUGAAGUGCUUUGUUUUGUCAUUAGCAUUCAGGCAGUGUAACAGGACCACAGUCUACCUGCUUCAUAUUGAGUAUAAGAGUACUCAACUCCUAAUAAAUUACUGAAAUAAUGAAGAAUCUUGGGCAUAUUGAUCAGAUGCAAAAAUUUACUUUGUUUUAGGAAGUCCAGUGAUAGUCCAGUCUGAACUACCAUCUUGGAGGCAUGUAUUUAGAGAAAAUAACAGAAGAAAUGCAGGAUGCCAUUUCACAGCAAUCCGAAGCUCUGUCUAAGGUGUACUGUGACAUGCUUUGAUAGAAAUAAAAAAAAUUAUUCAAGUGGAAAAGCUUGGUAAGAGUCAAAAUACACAGAGUGUUUUGGGACUUCAGGUGCAACUAACGUACUAAAUUACACAGGCUGAACUUAUUCUUCACCUAGGUUUUAGUGUAGACACCUGACUUUUAACACUAUUUUUUGCUGCUUGAGUGUUCUGGAUGGCUUGAAACAGUCAAUUCCCUCUUCAGUCAUGAAGUAAUUAUCCUUGUGGUGGCUGUAGGCAAGAAGAGACAGCACUGUGGUGUCAGUCUUGAAGUAACUUACUGCGUUUGUUUUGUGUCAAGAGAUGCUCCACAGUUUCACACUGAGCAGCUGCUGUUCAGGUGAAAGGAGCAUUAGGUAAAAUUCAUGGAGUCUGUUUUCCCUCUCCAGUUGCAUGGCAGCUUUUGUGAAAUGACAAGUACCUCUUAUUCCCAGACACUAACUGGUGCAUGGAAGAAGGCUGAAUGUUAAAAUGAGCAGUUCAUGGAUGGAGAACUGCAGCUGUUUCUCUGUAUGGCACUUCAGCCCAGCUGCAUUCUCCUGAUGAGGUGUGCAAAAAGCUGUGCUACAGCAGUGCAGUGUUUGGCAUCACUGGUUUUCGUUCAGCUGUGUUUGUUAAAGCUGGUAUUUUUUCUGAAACAGUCUUUGACCUCUUCAGUGAUUUGAGUGUACUUGCUUUCUAUUUUCAUGUUCCAGCGUGAGAGCUGAGUAUUGGCCUCUGGAACUCAGCAAGUGCAUUCAGUUUCUUCUUUCUAACAGGUGCUUUAGGAUACUGAACAAAGUGAACCUCCCUGUAUUAAAAAGAUGAGCUGUGGAAGAUAAAAGCAACCUGUUUUAUAGUGUCUGCUACCAAGUUGCUGCAUGUCAGAGGGAUGAGAAACUCCACCUGAGUGCUACCAAAGUGAGUGUGAAGGCUCUGGUGAUACUGCUGAAAGUCUGCUGCAGUGAGCUACACAGCUGUUCCAAAUGGAGAAAGAUCUUACCUAAAGUGUUUAUUGCAGUUAUUUGGCAUUAAAAGUAGUGCAUAUUGUGACUUGCCUCUUGCCCUCCUGUGAGAUAUGAAGGUGCCUUUGUGUGUUAGAAAAGACCCAGCUGAGUAUAGUGUGUUGUAAUUUGAGUGAAAAUAACUUGAUCAGGUGUUUUCCCUAACUUCCCUGUCACUGAAUUCUCACUGUACUGAAGCCCUGGAUAGGUAUUUAUUCUGUACAGAAUGUCACAGCAUUUAAAUAAAACUGUCUCUAAGCUGCA